AUGGCGUCUCGGCGAUACGGCGGCGGUGGCGUCGUUCGGCAUGGAUCCCGAGGCGGCGGCCCUGGAAGGAGGGGGCAGGUGAAGCUCGGGCUUCCUGUGGCGGCAUGGCGUGGUGUUGUUCCUGUCCAAGGUGGAUCUGCGCCGACAAUCUGGUGGCUUUGGCUCCGGAGUGAUUUGGAUGAGAGAUGGUCAACAUACUCGGAGCCUGGAAGCCAUCCAACCCCCCACUGGAAGCGGCAGCCAGGGGUCGCCGUCCUCCUGGAGGCGCAGGCCAUCGACAUCCAGAUCUCGUCUCCGCUCUCCGCUCACCGGCCGGCCGGCCGGCCGGCCGACUGCCGCGCUAGUACCAAAUCAACUGUUAAGGAAAGUGUGACUCUGUAUCCUAAACCUGGUACUGUUAAGAUUCAACCAUGUGUGAUAGCACUGCACCAUAUUACGUAUCUGCAAAUGGAGUACGAAAUUAGUACUGGACACAAUGCUCUGGAGCGCAUGUUAAUUGAUGGAAGUGCGGAGCCAAUGGAUCUGCCGUUAUCACUUUUAGAAGACAUCACAAAUUGUUUCUCUGACGAUCAGCAAAUCGGCAGUGGCGGGUUUGCAGUGGUCUAUAAGGGAAUGGUCGGAAAUGAGAUAGUUGCUGUGAAGAGGCUAUCCAGGAAUAUGCAUGAGAGUAAAUUCCACAAAGAGGCCGAGUGCUUGAUGAAGGCCAAGCACAAAAACAUAGUGCGUUUUCUAGGAUAUUGUUCUGACACGCAAGGGAAAAUUAUGGACUAUGAGGGGAAGAUGGUCAUGGCGGAUAUACGAAAUUGGUUGCUCUGUUUUGAGUAUGUACCCAACGGCAGUCUUGAUAAGUAUAUUACUGAUGCAUCUCAUGGACUUGAAUGGAGGGAGCAUUUUGAGAUAAUUAAGGGAACAUGUGACGGUCUAUGUCAUCUUCAUGAGAAGCGCAUUUUGCACUUAGAUUUGAAACCCGCUAAUAUUCUAAUAGAUGAUCACAUGGUACCCAAAAUUGCUGAUUUUGGCCUUACAAGGUGCCUCGAGAAAGAGCAAACCCACGUUUUUACUUCAAACCUUUGUGGAUCACUCGGAUAUUUGGCACCUGAGUUCUAUAGUGGGCAAGUCACAUUUGCAUCGGACAUAUAUAGUCUUGGCGUUAUAAUCCUGGAGAUAAUGACUGGACAAAAGGGUUACUCCGAAGAUAAGAAUACUUGGGAGUAG